UCACACUGCGUGAUUUCUGGUGGGUGGAGGAGUGUAGUGUGUGUAUGUAUGUGUGCUCGUUCUUGUUCCUGUGCCUAUUCUAGUUUUGAUGAUAGUGAGCGCCGUUAGACAAGGCUAACUGUAAUUAGAUUCGAUCGCGUAAGGAGAGGCGCGUGCAUUGCCCGGCGCAGCCUGCACAAAGCCGCCAAUCCGCAACCCCUUUCCUGCCUACCUGUAUUGAGUAAGAGUGAGAUUUUUUUGACACAGGCACCAUCCAGUGCCCACUGGCUUCAUGGACGAACCCAAUCCCAUGCCCAGCACCUCGGUACCUACCACCCCACGGGGCCGGGGACGCGGACGGCCGCCAAAGCGUGAACAGCCGGCACAGCCCCCCGAUACAGACCUGCAGAAUUUGCAAGAUGCAUCCGGUGUAGGUGGAUCGGUGGUGCGCCCCUGUUCGCCCAACAGCAUCCGCCGCAGCUCCCGCAAGCGGUUCUGCAAAUUCGAUGUGCGCGACGUGCUUUGCCUGCGCAAGGAACCCAAGAUCCAGAUCGAGGGACGCAUCGACUCCAAUGUGCCCGACACAGCAGCAGCAGCAACAGCAGCAGUAGUAGCAGUAGCACCACCUGCCACAGCCGCUGCUGCAGCCACGCUCCCUCCAUCUGCCAAUCGGCUGUUUUCGAUGUUCCCGAGCACACGUCCACCGCCCAAACUGCCACCGCCGCCACCUGUCCUGGGGAUCUUCGUCAAGCCGCGGAGCACACCCAGCCUGAUUGUGGCCCAGCUAAACAGCGAACCGUCGUCCAGCUGUAAUCCAUCGACAGCCUCCACUGCCACAGUGACUGCAGUAUCCGCAUCAGCACCAGUCGCCCACAGGGGACGCCCCAGGACUAAGAAUAAACUGGAGGAGACAAUCAGCCACAGCCAAAGCCAAAGCUUAAGCUUCUCCGAUUCGGAUUCGACAGGUGCCUCCUCGGGGAGCACUGGAAGCAGGGGUGGCAGCACGGACAGCAACGAGACAACGGCUUCCAGGCGAAAGUGCAGGGUGACCCUAAAGCGAUUGAACUUUGUGCAGCGCCAGGGAUCGUGGGACUCGGGGGACUCAUCGACCGUUCUGGGCGACACUGUUGUGGACGUCAGCAGCUCCUCGUCCUCCGCGGCCUCCUCUCCCGUUCUGCAGGACGACAACGCUUUCGAUGAGCAGCCAAAGAGGGAUCCGAUGACCAUGUCCGUGUCCAUGCCCACAGCCGACGACGACUCCUCGGACUCUCAGAUAAUCUUCACGGAGAUCGACACGGGCAAGGAAGUGACGGCCCGAAUGAAGGAGGAGAAUCAGGAGGAGCCAAAGCUAAAGCUGGAGCUAAAGGUAGAGCCACAGAUUGAGACAGAGAUUGAGCAACAGGAAGAGCAGGAGCCUGAACAGGAGCACGAUCAUGAAGUGCGUAAUUUAAUGAUGGAGAUCACUAAGGGGUCGCGCAACCUCUGGUUCUUUGACGACGAGGAUGCAGACGAGGCGGAGACCUCUCCGGCCUCUCUGAUGGCGACGCGUCGCAGCAAGCGAACUGCCAAAACGGAGGCAGACUGCAGCAGCAGCAGCAGCCACGCGGGCAAGACCCUCGAGGAGAAAUUCGCCGAGAUAGCCGCAAGCAGCGAGCAGAUCUUCCUCAAAGCAGAGUCAGACGAGGGCGAAGAGGAGGAGCACACGCUGAUUGACUUGAUAGAGGAGAGCCAAGAGGAGCAGGGAAUCCAGGGGGAGUACGAGAUGGUCAUUGAGGAGGAGAUGAAGGACGAAGUGCAAGUGAAUGUCAUUGAGCUGGAUGGGCUGGUCUUUACGGCGACGGAGUCCAAGUCGGAAGCCACUGCAGCAGAGGCUACCCUCAUUUCGGAGCAUCAGGAGGAUGCGGUCGCCACUGAAGUCACAUUGAAAGAGUCCCAGGAGAAAAGCCAUAGAACCAGCACUAGCGCCAGCACCAACGCCAGCACCAGCACCAGAGUCCUGCCAAAGGAGGAACCGCAGCAGGCGAUCAUCCUUUUUGAAGUUGAGGCGGCGAAAGAGGAGGCCACCACAGAGCAGUCCAACGUGAAUGUGGAUGUGCCACCAGAUCCACAAGAACCAGAUAUACUCGAGGAUGUGAUUAUCCCCAACCCAAUCCCAAUCCCAAUCCCAAUGAAGGCCAUGCCAGAGCCACAGCCAGAGAUCUCAUUACAAAUCGAAUCUUCAAAGACACUGAAGACACUGCCACAGUUGCCGCUGCAAGAGGAAAAGAAUAAGGAGAAGGAGAAGGAAGUUGGUCUGCCAGAGGAUACAAUUCUAAUAGAAAUCGCAAUGAAAUCCAUGUCAAAGCCAACACAUGCAGCCAAGAGCCCAGCCGUAGAGGAGCCCCCUGCAGAAGAGGCACUAAAAGAAAAUGAAAAGGUAUCCCCCAUCAAAGGGCCUGCCAAAGCAGAGCAGAGCGUAGGAAGUCCAAGCAGCAGCAGCAGACACUCCUUCCAUGCCAGUCUGAAUCCGAGUCCCACUGCCACUCCCAUUGCCAUUCACAUUCCUGAGGGCACGGAAGCGUCGUCUGCCUUCGGCUUCGUCGGGUGCAAUGUCAUAUUCCAGGCCCUGGAUACUGCUAAUGCCCAGCCGCUGCGCGAGGAUACGCACAUGAAGGUCAAGCUGGAGGCCAAGAAGGGGUCGCCCCCCAUUCCAUCGACUGGCGAAGAAUGGCUGGAGUCGACGAACAACUCCCACAACCCCUUGAACGAUAUGAAGCCCCUUGCGAAUGGGCACAACAGGAAGAGUGACGCCAUUGGGCGACCCAGCUCCCGUAACGACGAUCUGGAGGGCGAAGAGGAGUACUCCUCCUUUUCCGAGCAGGCCAAGCAGUCCAAGGAGGAGACGCCUGAAUCGAGUGCAGGCAAGAAGGGGAGUGAGAGUGCCACAGCAAAUCCAAAGGGACGUCUCACCACCACUUCCGAGCUGCCACAUUCCGCUGCCGAUGAAGAGGGGAAACACAAAUCGAAACGAAAAGUCCGCUGCUCGGCAGUCUCGUCCUCCCCCUCUGCUUCACCCUCCGAUUCCAGGAAAGACGAGGCCAAAAGAGAGUCUCCUGGUGCUUUACCAAAGAAGGGAAAACCGAUGCCAUCGCGACGCUUCACUACCAUCGAUCGGCCGUCGUCGAAUGCAACUUCCAGCGACGGCGGCAUUCGCGGCGCCUCCUCCGGUGAAUUCUCUAAAUAUGAGACAAGGAAACCAUCACCUGCGGCAUCCAAUGCAUCCGUUAAACGACGUCCCACUAUUUCCGAGGGUUUCCUGUCCUCCUUCGUCGAAUCACUGGUCCAAAAAGACUCCAAGAAAGACGAGGGAAAGACAGCAUCUGGGGAGACGCCAUCUCCUGCCUCGAAGGCAUCCAUGAAGAGACGUCCCACUAUUGGCGGCAGGUCCUCUUCUGCCUCCUCCUCGGUGGAGUCUCUGACACGAAAGACGGCAUCACCAGGAGGGACGCUUUCUCCUGCGAAUCUCACCAAAAACAUACGCAAGUCGCGCUCCUCCGGGGAAUUGCUGGAACGAGCAGAUUCCAGGAAAGAUGAGAGCGGCGCCGUCAACAGAACAUCCCCCAGGCCACAGUCUCCGUCUCCUGCUCCAUCUCCUGCUCCGUCUCCUGCUGCGUCUCCUGCUCCGGUUCCGAUGGGACCCAAACAGGAGUCGCAGGGGAGGGCUAUGCCAUUGCGACGCCUCACAACCAUCGAUCGUCCGUCGUCGAAUGCCAAUCCCAAAGGGGCACGCCCCUCCUUCGAGCAGCUGCUCGGCCAGGCCGACUCCUAUGUGAAUCCACAGAAAAAGCGAUGCCCCACCACUUCUGAGUGCUCCUCGCCCGUCUCCGGCGAGUCGGUUGCCCGAACCAUACGAUCGCGACGCUUCACAACCAUCGAUCGCACAUCUUUAAAUCACGGCUCCCCCUCUGACUCCAGGGAGACGCAAUCGAAGCCAUCCUCCCCCCGAGAGCAGUCCCCAUCGGACGGGGAUGGGUCACGAGGCAGCUCCACUCCAGCCUGUCGCUCGAAAGAUCCGUCGCCUGCGAGUGGUGGCUCCUCCAAACUGGCAAAGAAGAUCGACAUAAGCCGCCUCCCCCUGAUGGAACCUAGGACGAACCCCAGUGCAGCAGCAGCCGGAGCCAUCACUCCGGAGCUGAUAGAGGCAUGUUUCAAAGAUUUCGCUUCGAGGGCAGGCGAUGCUGGUGCUCCAGCAGAGAAACUUCCACGAACAGAAGGGAAACUGCCACUGUCGCAGUCGCCUGCAGCCCCCAAACAGGACACAGAACAGAAGACGCCCUCACACUCGCACUCCCAGGAUACUCGGGACGCCAGCAGGAGCAUCAGCAGCAGCAGCAGCACUUCCUCCUCGAAGCCAGCCUCCAGGACGUCGUCUCCUGCGCAUGAGCCAAAGAUAAAGAAGAUCAAUGCCAGGCGCAAGACCAUGCAGGAGUCGAGAAUCGCCACACCGGAGCUGCAAUCCUCAAACGAAAAGAAGGGCUCCCCCAGGACAGGAUCGCCGGAACUUUUGCUGGAAAAUUAUUCCAUGAAUACCAAGAAAAAUACAGAUGGUAUGGCACGUGGCAGAAACGACUCUCCAGCACAAAAAGCUGAAAAAGCAGAAAAGGUACCCAUCCCCAAAAGAGGUACCCCCCAAUCGAAGCAGGGAUCGGGAUUGGGAUCCCCGAUGUUGUUGGAUCAGCAUCACCGGAGGAUCACCAUUUGUGCAGAGCCUGUGCCUGUGCCUGUGCUCGUGCCUGUGCCUGUCCUGGCUGCUGGUGUUGCGGCAGCUUCCCCCCUGAGAAAUGCCGAUCCACGAGUCAGGAAUGCCUCUCCCGCGGACCCCAUACCCAUACCCACAACCACACCCAUGUUCAUGCCUAUCCCCCGAGAUAGGGCGCUUCCCAAGAAAGCGGUGCCCUCGGCUACGACUCCUCCCUCAAAGCAGGCGGUCCUGACACCGAAGAAACCCAGGGCCCCGAAGGCGGGAGCCAAGAGGGCAGAAGAGUCGCCAGAACCCAGUAGCAGCAGGAAGCGUAGGCCAACGGCAGCCACCAAUGCCAGCGACGAUGCUCAGGCUCUGCAGCAGGUGACCACUCUGGCCCUGCCCUUGCUGCAGACACAAACGGAGGCCAUGGACUCAGAGUCCACGGAAUCAUCGGUUGGCAAGGGCAAACGCUGGGAUGUACAGCCCCCGGCUUCAGCUGCAGCUACAGCUUCGACUGCAACGCCAAUUGAAGCGCUGCCUGCAUCCACAUAUGCUGCCCCGCCAUCAGCUCCUGCCGCUGAGGUGGAGCCGCCCGAUACGCUCAAGGACAUAGUGAAAUUCAUCGAGGAUGGGGUGAAUCUCCUGAAGCGGAACUACAAACACGAUGAGGACGAGGAUCAGCCAAAUGAGCCACAGAAGCUGCAGCAGGAGAUGCAGGAACCAAUGCCCAGCGUCAGCAGCAUGGAGACGCCUUCAGUCACACGCUCGCCCUCGCCCUCGCCCUUGCCCUUGCCAGUUGGCAGCCCCAGCGCCAGCGUCAACUCCAGGGCCAAUUCUACAGGAGAGGACUCCUCCCCUGUGCAGCUACAGCUGCUCCAGGGCUCCAAUGAAGAUGUGAGCGCUGGAGGCGUGCGACGCUCGCACCGGAUUAAACAGAAGCCGCAGGGGCCGAAGGCUAGCCAGGGCAGGGGCGUGGCCAGCAGUGCGCCCCCCAUCAGCAUGGAGGAUCAGAUGGCGGAGCUGGCCAACACGGAGUCCCAUAACGAGCAGUUCCUGCGCAGCGAGGGCCUGCUCACGUUCCAGCAGCUGCGCGAGAACUACUACCGAUGCGCGCGGCAGGUGAGCCAGGAGAACGCGGAAAUGCAGUGCGACUGCUUCCUCACGGGCGACGAGGAGGCCCAGGGGCAUCUGUGCUGCGGUGCGGGCUGCAUCAACCGGAUGCUGAUGAUCGAGUGCGGCCCGCUGUGCACCAACGGGGAUCGGUGCACGAACAAGCGCUUCCAGCUGCACCAGUGCUGGCCCUGCCGCGUCUUCCGCACCGAGAAGAAGGGCUGCGGCAUCACCGCGGAGCUGCAGAUACCCGCCGGGGAGUUCAUCAUGGAGUACGUGGGCGAGGUCAUCGACAGCGAGGAGUUCGAGCGACGCCAGCAUCGGUACUCGAAGGGCCGCAACCGGCACUACUACUUCAUGGCGCUGCGGGGCGAGGCGAUCAUCGAUGCCACCAUGCGGGGCAACAUCUCGCGGUACAUCAACCACAGCUGCGACCCGAACGCGGAGACCCAGAAGUGGACCGUCAACGGAGAGCUGCGCAUCGGCUUCUUCAGCCUGAAGAACAUCCUGCCGGGCGAGGAGAUCACCUUCGACUACCAGUACCAGCGGUACGGCCGAGACGCCCAGCGCUGCUACUGUGAGGCGGCCAACUGCCGCGGCUGGAUCGGCACCGAACCAGAGUCGGACGAGGGCGAGCAGAAGAACGAGAACAGCUCGGAGCCGGCACUUGCGACGGAGGACUCGGACAGCGGAGGAGAGGCAGAGUCCGAGGCGGAGGGACCAGAGCUGAGCAAGAGCAAGGGCAGAGCAAAGACCACUAGCAGUUCCAAGUUCAAAGUGAAGCUGCCUGCUGUGGGCUCCAAGGAGCAGCGCAAGAAGCGGGAGACGGCGGCCAAAGCCAAGGAGCGGGAGCGCGAGUUCAAGGCCGGACGCUGGCUGAAGCCUACACCUGGCGGAGGCUCCUCUGCAGAGAAGAAGGCAAAGCCGAAGGUCAACAAAUUCCAUCCCAUGCUUGAGGAUCCAGACGUGCUGGAGCAGCUCUCGCUGCUCAGCCGCAGCGGCCUGAAGAACCAGUUGGACACGCUCCGCAUCUCGCGGAUCAUGGUGCGCGCCAAGCUCCUGCCGACCCGCAUCCAGCUGCUGCAGGUGCUCACCCGCGGUGAGCUGCCCUGCCGCCGGCUCUUCCUGGACUAUCACGGCCUGCGGCUGCUGCACGCUUGGAUCAGCGAGAACGGGAACGAGCAGCAGUUGCGGACAGCGCUCCUGGAUGCCCUCGAGGCGCUGCCCAUACCGAACCGGACGAUGCUGAACGAGAGCCGCGUCUACCAGAGCGUUCAACAGUGGAGCGCGGGUCUGACCGGGCAGCAGUCGCAGCUGCGGAGUCCGGAGCAGUCGGCCCUGCGCAAGCGGAUGCAGGGACUGAUCAGCAAGUGGAGCAGCCUGCCGGAGAUCUUCCGCAUUCCGAAGCGGGAGCGCAUCGAGCAGAUGAAGGAGCACGAGCGCGAGGCGGAUCGCACUGGUGAACGGCCCACCGAGAAGCAUGUGGCCAGCCACCAUUUGACUGCCGCCUCCGCCCUGGAGGACUCGGCUCGCGACAGCAGCACCGACCGCUACCGUCAGGACCGCUUCCGCCGGGACACGAUCGGCAGUCGCAACAGCAGCCAGCACCAGAAGCCGCCCAUGAGUCGCAUGAGCGGCAACAACACCAUCUGCACCAUCACCACACAGCCGAAGAGCAGCAAUCCCUCGGAAGGACAGCCCCGCACGGAGAUGCGACGUCGCCCAGACAACAGUGGACCCACAGUGGAGCCUCGUCGUGGCGGUGCCCCGUUGUCCAAGGAACUGCGGCGAUCCCUAUUCGAAAGAAAGGUGGCCCAGGAUGAGGCCGAGAAGCGUGUAUGCAGCGAGGACUGGCGCGAGCACGAGCUGCGCUGCGAAUACUUUGGGGCGGACAUCAAUACGGAUCCCAAAAUGCUGCCCUUCUCCCACAACACGGAGACCGGCGAGUGGUUCAACUCGGAGGAUGCCCCCGUGAUGGCGCCCCUGCGCACAGACCUGGCCCUGGCUCCGUCGCCGGAGAUUAGCGAGCAGGACAUGAUGCCCGCGGAGUACAAGCUGCCGGCUAGCGUGGAUCCGUUGCCGCCCUCCUGGCACUGGAGCCGCACCAUCGACGGAGACAUCUUCUACUACAAUCUGCGCUAUCGCAUACCGCAGUGGCUGCCGCCCAGCCCCGAGCAGCGCCUCCAGACGCUGCUAGAAGAGGAGCCGCAGCAGCCGCUGCAAGAGCUCGAUCCGGCGCUGCUAGCCGAGGAGCUGAUAUCGGUGGACCCGGACUACGUGGGCUCGCUCUCAAGCAAGUCGCUGGCGCAGCAUAUCGAGACGAAGGUGCGGGAGCGCCGCGAGAUACGCCACAAGAAACUGUGCUCCGUGCGCGUUAUCAGCCCCCGUCGGGACGAGGACCGGCUCUACAACCAGCUGGAGUCACGCAAAUACAAAGAGAAUAAGGAGAAGAUACGCCGCCGCAAGGAGAUCUACCGUCGGAAGCGCGCCAGCGCGGACACCGUAGCCGUCAGCUCCGAAGCGAGCACAGAUGCGGAGGCCUGGUCCACUCCUCGGUAUCUGUACUCCUCGGACGAAGACACGGACACGGCCCAUGCUCCACCCUUGGAGGGCAUCAUCUAUGGCUUUAAUGGAUCGGCUGGGGCAUUGUUUGCCACCUCAAAGGUGGAUGAACUCGAGGCGGAGCUCGAUCUGGAGCCCAGCACCAGCGCCUAUGCCCUGGCGUGUCUGAACAAACCCCAGCAGAUCCCCACGCUGGUCACAGGCGGCAACGGGGGUGCCAUCAAGCGAAAGUUGCCACCGCUGCCACCGCACACGCCGGAAAAGCCGGCUGGAGCCUUGCCAGAGAGAAAGAGUCGCAGCCAUGACCGACGCGCGCCCAAGCGGAAAAUGUUACUGAAUAGCUCAAAAAGUGGAAGAGACUCGGUUGAGAAAUUCCGCUUCGAAAUAAGCGGACAUGUGGCCGACUUUCUGCGUCCAUUCCGCAAGGAUAGCUGCCAGAUGGGUCGCAUCACCAGCGAUGCGGCCUACAAGUUCCUGAUUAAGCGGCUGACGGAGCAUAUCAUCACGAAGGAGAUGCGCUACUGCGAAAUGAGCGGACAUCCUUUGAUCUGCAACGAUUCGGUCAAGCACAAGUCGCACGAAUUCAUCAACCAGUACAUGCUGAAGAAGGGCCGCGUGUACGUCAUGCCCCCAGACGAGGCCUUCCUCUAAAAUGGCCCCAAAACACGCCCCAAAAACGCCAAAAACAAAUGUCUCCACUCUUCCUGAUCUGUUCGUUCCAUACGUUCGAUGAUUCAUUUAGCUGUAAGAAUAGAUUGUUUUUUAUUUCCAUAUAGCAAAUCUCUCUCCUACCCAUUAUCAAAAGGGUAAGGGCUCGUUCGUUCAUCUGAAUAGAAAAAGGAACAGGAACAGGAAUCGACGAUGGAUGGCACGCGCAUCGCCUCGCGAAUCACAUACACAUACAAAUGAAGUACACAUUAUAAUAAUAGAAUAUAAGAAUAGACGAAAACAAGUAUUGAUUUGAUUUCAAAUUACAAAACAAAAUGUGGUCUAGUCCGUAAGUAAAUGGCGAUAAAUGGAGUCCGGAGGCAAACGACACGUUCAAUCUGUGAAGAUCUUUGUAAGAAAGAUGUAUCUAACAUAUACAUAUACAUAUGCAUAUACAUAUACAUAUAUGCAUCCUAUAACCUAUGUCAAUCCCGAGAAGGAGAGGUUAAGUUCAGUUUAUCGUUAACGUAUCCCAUCCUUUGUAUAUCCAAGCGAAAGAAAGCUCAAGUUCAGUAAAAUCUCAGUUAGAAAAUCAUUGUA